AUGGGCAUGACGCACAAGCAGUACCUGUGCAGCCAGCGCAUCUUUGGAUGCAAAGAGUGCAAGACGCACCUGACCACCAUCGAGAACCUGGUGAGCCGCGCGUUCAACGGGCAGCACGGCCGCGCAUACCUAUUCGACUCGGUGGCCAACAUCAGCCUGGGCGACGCCGAGGACCGCCACAUGACCACGGGCCUGCAUACGGUGCGCGACAUCAGCUGCGCAAAGUGCAAGACCACGCUCGGCUGGAAGUACGACAAGGCGUACGUGGCGGCCGAAAAGUACAAGGAGGGCAAGUUCAUCCUCGAAAAGGAGCUGACCGUCGAUGUCCACUAG